UGUUUCCCAAAACAUUUUGCUCUCGACAAGUCUCAGUAAUGGCGACUACCUUAGUGGCGACGACGCGUCCAUACGUUCUUCUCUCCUCCACAAGAGCGAGCCUUCAUCUCCUUCUCCGAUCUCCGAAGAGACCCUUCGCUUCGUUUCUAUCAACUCUCUCAUGUGCUGCCGCCUUGAGAAGCUCCAGUUCGAGAUGUUUAAGCGCCGUUUUGUCUCGCGGAGAGACUGCUCCGAUGAUUUUCGGCAAAGGAGAUUCUAGGGUUUCUGGGUUUGGCGUCGUGGACAUUCGCAGCCGUGGGUUCAGUGCUAGAUCCUCUCAAAUCAACGAUGCUGGGUCUAUUGAUCAAACCCUUAUGCAGUCCAUGGAGCUAAAGAUCAAAGAACAGUUGAAUGCAGAGUCAGUUUCUGUCAAGGAUAUGUCUGGAGAUGGACGUCAUGUUUGCAUAAAUGUGGUAUCAUCGGCUUUUGAGGGACAGUCUGCAGUGAACAGACAAAGGAUGGUCUACAAAGCCAUUUGGGAGGAGCUUCAGAACGUUGUUCAUGCCGUUGAUCAAAUGACAACAAAGACUCCUUCUGAAGUUUGAAGCUUUUUUCUUUUCUUUUCUGAACACUACAAACAUGAAUAUCAUCUAUUAUUUGAUUAGCGGACAAAUCUCUUUAUCAAAAACGAAUUUGAAAUAAAGUUUAUGGAUGUUAUUUGCUGGA